AUGGCGUCUAGUGCGUUUGAAUCACAGGGUGUCCGUAUCGCCGUGGAAGGUUGUGGCCAUGGCACCCUGGAUGCCAUCUACGCAUCGGUUUCAAAAUCAUGUGAGGUUCGCGGCUGGGAUGGUGUCGAUCUGCUCAUCAUCGGCGGAGAUUUUCAGGCAGUCCGCAAUGCGGAAGACCUCUCCAUCAUGUCGUGUCCGGUCAAGUACCGCGAACUUGGUGAUUUUCCCAAGUAUUACUCCGGCGAGCGUACUGCCCCCUAUUUGACCAUAUUCAUUGCCGGCAAUCACGAGGCCAGCUCUCAUCUCUGGGAGCUUUAUUACGGUGGCUGGGUUGCCCCAAACAUUUAUUACCUUGGUGCCGCCAACAUCGUUCGCUUGGGUCCCAUUCGAAUUGCUGGAUUAUCUGGCAUCUGGAAAGGCUUUGACUACAACAAGCCCCAUCAUGAACGCCUUCCCUUUAACGCCGACGAUGUCAAGUCGUUCUAUCAUGUCCGCGAAAUUGAUGUGCGAAAACUCUUACUGGUGCAAUCUCAAGUGGAUGUUGGGUUAAGUCAUGAUUGGCCCCGUGAGAUUGAGAAGCAUGGCGACUCCGAGUCUUUGUUCAGAAAGAAGAGAGAUUUCAGGCAAGAGUCCAAGGAUGGUACGCUCGGCAGUCAGGGUGCCAAGUAUGUCAUGGAUAGACUGAGGCCUCCCUACUGGUUUUCCGCACAUCUCCAUGUCAAAUAUGCUGCGCUCAAGACAUUUUCCGAACAAGCCUCCGACUCCGCCUCAAAUCAACAACAGACAAUAGGCGAGGAAGUUAAGGCAGCAGACGAGCAAAUUGCGGAUGCGGGGAACCCAGAUGAAAUUGAUCUCGACUUGGAUGAGGAAGAUGGUCCAGAAACAACCAAACCUGCGCCUAGCAGCGAACCUCAAACCGACUCACAAGGUGUCUCCGAUGAGCUGAGGGCGCAGCUGCCUGCUUCAUUCACCCGCCCCAAGAAGACGGUGAUAGGUCAGCCAGGUCAACCUAUCCCAAAGACAAUUACGAAUAAGGAGGUUCGCUUCUUAGCUCUAGACAAAUGCCUUCCUGGUAGGCAUUUUCUGCAGCUAUGCGAAAUUCACCCACACCAAGAGGAAGAUGCCUCCAAAUAUCCACCACAAUCGUCAGGGCCUCGCUUCCGAUUUGAGUAUGACCCUGAAUGGCUAGCAAUUAUACGAGUCUUUCAUGAUUCGCUUCAAUUCGGCGACCCAGCUGCUCAGAACCCACCUAAUAUUGGUGAAGACCAGUAUCUACCAAUGAUCAAGGCUGAGAUGGAGUGGGUGGAUGAGAACAUUGUCAAGAAGGAUAGACUCGAGAUUCCGAGAAACUUCGAAAUCACAGCUCCUCCAUAUGUCCAUGAGGCCCAGCACCAUCACAGCGAGGUGGCUUUCAGGGAAGAGGCCCUCCUCGGGGCGGCCACAGGGGCGGACAUAGAGGGCAUGGAGGGCAUGGAGGACGGGGUCGAGGCCGAGGCCGAGGUCGGGGAGGAAGGUGGUAAUCUAUGA